AUGGCCCAGCUAGAAAGUGAGACUCAGAGUGGUCAGGUAUCUUCCCACCGUAAGGAGUGGCUCACAGUCCGUGGGAGAUUAGCCGGUAGGGGCGAUUCCUUGCACGCGGAAGCCGCCGCCUGGUACCUCUUUAUCGCCUCUGCUCAGCGGAGCGGGUCCCACCUUUCCGGAUCCCCGCCCCGGGCUCAGCCCACUUGGAACUACACUUCCCGGCAGGACGUGGGCACGCGCAAGCGCACCGAGGUCUCAGCCAUGGCGACCGUGCUGUCCAGGGCGCUCAAGCUCCCAGGGAAGAAGAGCCCAGACCUAGGGGAGUAUGAUCCCCUCACACAGGCGGACAGUGAUGAAAGUGAAGAUGAUCUGGUCCUUAACUUGCAGCAGAAGAAUGGAGGGGUCAAGAAUGGGAAGAGUCCUCUGGGAGAAGCCCCAGAGCCUGACUCUGAUGCAGAGGUUGCAGGGUCUGCAAAGCCACAUCUUUCAGAAGUCACAACAGAGGGCUACCCAUCGGAGCCACUUGGGGACCUGGAGCAGAAGGCGACCUCUUCCCUCGUGUCUUAUGUGCGCACAUCUGUCUUCCUGCUAACUUUGGUGAUCUCAAUGAUCCUGGUGCUUAUAUGUGCUUUCCUGAUCCCAUGUCCCCCUAGAGAUCUGCACAGCACUUGGAGCCGCCACUUGGGCCCCCAUGGAGGUGGAGACCUGUCUCCAUUGGAACUGGCAGAUGUGAAUGGAGAUGGCCUACGUGAUGUACUUCUCUCCUUUGUUACAUCAAGGAAUGAGAGUUCAAUAGGUGUCUCCAGGCCAAUAGCUAUUCUUCUGUGCCUUUCGGGGAUGAAUGGCAGCACACUGUGGUCCAGUCCCCUCCCAGAGGAGGCCCGCGAUGUUACAUGUUUGGAUCUGAUGCCAGGAAGCUUGGCUGCAACCAUCUGCCUUGUGACAGGAACCCAUAAGAUGCUCAGUGCAUUCAAUGCAACAUCAGGGAAAACCAUUUGGACUUUAAACCCAAAGUACUUGUCCAAUGGUACCUUGGCUGCCCCAGUCGUGGUGCUCCCAGACUUGGAUGAAGACGGCAUUAGAGAUCUUGUGGUUCUGGCUAUUGGGGAAUUGCAGCCAGAUCUAUGCUUUCUGCUGGUAUCUGGCCGGACGGGGAAUCCAGUGGGUCGGCCUGUGAAGUACAACAUCGUGGGAGUGGGGAAUCUGAUUGGUCCUCAGGUUUACAUCACCACAAAUGGCGCUGUCUACAUCCUGUUUGGCUUUGGCAAUAUUCAAGCUGUCGCACUGCGGGACAUUUUUGUUCAGGCCCAAAAUCGAGACAGCUCACCACCUUCUCUACAGCUAGAAGAGCCAGAAUGGGAGAAGCGAAGAUCCAUCAACCUUUCUGAACUCAUUGACGUUUACAGUGAUGGUGUUGAGCUACUCCAGAUGGUGAAGGCACCAGAUUCCAACUGCAGUGACCUCCUGAUUACAACCAGACAAGGGCUUGUCCUGCUUCGGGGGCAAGAUCUUAUACCUUACUGGACAUUGAGUCUUCAAGGCCUGCACAGCCAGCCUACUCCUGGGUAUUUCACCGAUGAUCAGAUCUUAGACUUCCUUCUGCAAAUUCAGGAUGGAGUUGGGAUGAAAAAGAUGAUGGUGGUGGAUGGUUACUCUGGAUCUGUUACUUGGAGUUACAGUGUUCCAUGCCACAUGAAAGAAACACCAACCACCUCAGCUGUCACUUCAGAUCAGAAGUCUGUCUUCCUCUUUUGGGCUGAAGGGUUAUCAGCUGCAUCUCCCAAGUCUGAUCGCAUCCUAGGAACUGAGCCACCCAGGCUUCAUCACCUUUACCUCCUGCAUCCAGCAUUCCCCUCGAUUCUUCUGGAUCUGGCCAAUGCCACAGACACAGUGACAGCAUCAAAGGUUGGAAUUAACGACCUUUGGAAAGAUGCCUUUUAUGUUACCAGGACAACAGGGCAAAGCUCUGAGGGCCAUUCAGCACCCCUGGUGGUCAGCAAGCUUAGUCUACGGUGGGCACUCAUGGAGGGCCAAAUGGUCCAGCUAAAGGAGACUACCCCCAAAAUUGGCCGGGGGGAGCUGCGAAGAUUCCUUUCUAGGAUAAAGUUUGUUGAUUCUCCUUACCAGGACCUGGAAUAUAGCCAACAAUUAAUAAAGGAGAGAAGAGGAUUUUGGACGCUCAAGAAGGAGAAAUAA